CAGUGUAAUAUAAUUGUUAUCACCUUCCAAUCAUCUUCCAUAACAGUCCCCACGGCCCCCCACCCACUCCACCUGUUGAAACUUCAACGCAUUGCCCAAUAUCUACGGAAACUUCUCUAAGUCGCUUGUUGCUUCAAGAAUUUUAAUAGAUCUUCGUUUUUCUCUGUAUUUUCCAGUAUCCCAAUAUGGUUAUGAGUCUGAGUUCUAGUUUUGUGGCGAGUUCUCGCGAUCCCAGAUAUCCACUGAAACAUUUAGUCUCACCCCAUCAUAGAUUGAUCAACUCCAAUUUACUCUAUCGGAAAUGUAGACCACAUCUUGUUACAAGAAUUCAAACGCUUCAAGUUUACUGCAACUCCCAGGCAAAGGAAAUGCAGAUCAGAAAGUUUUCCCCCAUUCUAGAAAAUAUGCUACUGUCAGGAAAUGGGGUCUUGCCUUCUAAAGAGUGGAAAGCAGUUCCUGACAUUUGGAGGACUUCUGCAGAAAAAUUUGGUGAUCGUGUAGCAUUGAUGGACCCAUACCAUGACCCUCCUACAAAUAUGACUUAUAAACAGCUUGAGCAAGAAAUUUUGAACUUCUCUGAAGGACUAAGAGUUAUUGGAUUGAAACCAGAGGAAAAGAUUGCCCUUUUUGCUGAUAAUUCAUGCCGGUGGCUUGUCUCAGAUCAAGGUAUUAUGGCAACUGGAGCAAUCAAUGUUGUGAGAGGUUCGAGGUCAUCUGUUGAAGAGCUUUUGCAGAUAUACAAUCACUCUGAAAGUGUGGCACUGGUCGUGGACGAUCCAGUUUUGUACAACCGCAUUUUGGAAACCUUUCAUUCCCGAGCCACUAUAAAAUUUGUCAUUUUGCUAUGGGGACAAAAAUCAAGCAUAAGAGAUGUAGCAGCAGCAGAAAUUCCUGUUUAUAGCUAUGAUGAGAUAACAAGUUUGGGUCGUGAGAGUCAUACGGCCUUGCUUCUUUCUGAAGAUGCCAGGAAGCAAUAUAUUUAUGAAUCUAUUGGAUCUGGAGACAUUGCUACGCUUGUAUAUACAAGUGGCACCACUGGGAAUCCUAAAGGUGUUAUGCUCACACACAAGAAUCUGCUGCACCAGAUUACAAAUCUAUGGGACAUUGUACCUGCUGUGCCUGGGGACAGAUUUCUAAGCCUGCUUCCACCUUGGCAUGCAUAUGAAAGAGCUUGUGAGUAUUUCAUAUUUACCCAUGGAGUCGAGCAAGUGUACACAACAAUGAAAAAUCUAAAGGAAGAUUUGCAGAGUUAUCAACCUCAUUAUCUGAUUUCUGUUCCAUUAGUCUAUGAGACACUUUACAGAGGGAUUCAGAAGCAAUUUACUACGAGUUCUGCUGUUCGUAAACUAGUUGCUCUUCUAUUCUUGCGGAUCAGUUUAGCGUACAUGGAGGCCAAACGAAUUUAUGAGGGGAAAUGCCUUACAAAAAAUCUGCAACAACCUUCCUUCCUUGUUUAUCUUUUGGAAUGGUUGUGGGCAAGGAUUUCUGCUGCGAUAUUGUGGCCAUUGCAUAUGUUAGCAAAGAAAAUUGUCUACAGUAAAAUUCAUUCUGCUAUUGGUAUUUCAAAGGCUGGCGUGAGUGGAGGUGGUAGCUUGCCUUCACAUGUGGACAAAUUCUUUGAGGCAAUUGAAAUAAAAGUUCAGAAUGGAUAUGGUUUAACAGAAUCCUCACCUGUGGUUGCUGCUCGACGACCAAAUUGUAAUGUUCUUGGCUCAAUUGGGCAUCCUAUUAAACAUACAGAGAUAAAGGUUGUAGAUGCAGAAACAGACAAAGUUCUUCCUUUUGGUUUAAAGGGCAUUGUUAAAGUUAGGGGUCCACAAGUCAUGAAGGGUUACUACAAGAAUCCACUCGCAACCAAACAAGUAUUAGAUGAGAAUGGCUGGCUGGAUACGGGUGAUAUUGGCUGGAUUUGUCCUCAUCAUUCUGUUGGACGAAGUUGUGCUGCUGCAGGUGUUAUUGUUCUUGAAGGACGCGCAAAGGACACUAUAGUCCUUUCAACAGGUGAAAAUGUUGAGCCUGCAGAGAUAGAAGAAGCUGCCCUGAGAAGUAGUCUUAUUCAGCAGAUUGUAGUCAUUGGCCAGGAUCAACGACGUCUUGCAGCUAUAAUUGUCCCAAACAAGGAAGAGAUUUUGUCAGAAGCUAAAAGGUUGUCUAAAGUAGAAUCUGAUGCCUCUGAAGUUAGUAAGGAAAUAUCGACUAGCCUAUUGCAUGAAGAGUUGAGAAAAUGGACUUCAGAGUGCUCAUUUCAAGUUGGACCAAUUCUCGUGGUGAACGAGCCUUUCAUGAUUGAUAGUGGCUUAAUGACUCCAACCAUGAAAAUCAGAAGAGACAAGGUUGUAUCUCAAUUCAAAGAGGAAAUAGACAGUUUAUACAAGUGAAGCCUAAUAUAGUCUCAUUGAACUAGUAAAUGUGCAAAUAUGGCUGGUCAAUCGCUUACACAAUCUCUGUAAUUUACAAUACAUUCUUUUUUCCUUCGCUAAAUUUCAAUAUUCACUAUUGUAAUAAUAUAGAUACAGUGUUGGGCUAUAAAUUUAUUAUAUAUACCACAUUGUUCUAAUGUAAACACAUCAGUCUACUUCUUGGAAGAGAUGAUGCUUGUAGGAAACUAUCAUUCUUCACAAAGGCAAUCAGUAGCAGCA